AUGUCGGAUACGAGGCACCAUAGCACAUCUGCUAUCCCUUGGCCCAUGAACCCCGUCGAAACUUCCAAUGCGCCUACUGUUUACGAGCCUCCUCAGACCAUGUCGCGGGAAUGGGCCGUCGCUGAAGCACCACCUGAUCAUGAACUUUACGCACGGCAGCCGGUCCCAGUCGAUCAGACAACCACCCAUUUGUUGGCUCAGCAUAGACCACCGCCAAAGAAGAAAGCAGCCAAGGUUCCUUCGUCUUUCGUUGAGCGCCAGGAGAAGCUGAAGGUGUCCAAGCGGAAGGGCCCUCUCCAGGAAAGGCAGAGGGAGAAGACCCACACCAUGCGCAAGACCAAGCGCAAUGGCCGCGAGCACCAAGAGGAAGCCGAGUUCCUUGGUUACGACUGGAUACACAACAGUCAACUCUACGAGAUGGAGAUCAUCUGGAAUCUCCCCGGCUACGGUCCUAUACCGAACGCACAGCCUAUGCGUAUCGCCUUCCGGCCUUAUAGCCCAACGCGCGGCACGAUUGAUGUCGCGACAUCCGUCUGGUCCAACCGGGAUGGACAGGUUCCGUCUGUCGAACAACCGGCCUACGCCAUAUACGAUACUGCGAAUCUCGUCCAGGCUUACGAACGCUACUUCUCCAGCCUUCAACCCGCGAUCGAAGAGUGGAUAUUUGCUCGCAUUCGGCAGGACGAAGUCGCCUAUCAUACCUACCAGGAGGUGGUACGCAUGCGAAGAGUAAAUGGAAGCAAAGUCCUCGAUCUCGCAAUGCGACUCCAAUGUCUCUCCGUCGUUUCCCAGGGAUACGGUUCCGUCUUCUCGGAGAACAUACCUGGCAUUCGCGAGUACGAUUAUCGCCGACUCGGCCGUAGCGACUACGAAGCCUACGACCGCAACUCAUGCGACCGCCCACUCCCUGGCGCCAUAACCCACCAAAUGGAUGUCGCGGCUGUGAAAUACCUUCGCAAACUGGAAAAGCUUUUCGUCAAGGAACUAGUGGCGCUGAUUUUCAGGCCCAGGAUCAAGCCUUGGUAUGAGCUCUUUCUGGCAUUCUAUGUCAUCUUCUGGAAUCUCGAGUACAUCCAUCACGGUGCGCAAGACUACAUCAAGUCCAAGAACGGCACAUUGCUCGAGAACCAGGUCAGCAACGUGGUGACCACUCAGAUCAAGAAGUGGGAAUUCGCUUUUCCAGUGCUGCUGUACCACUGGCGCUGCAUUCUUCGGGGCUACUCCCCAUUCAAAUUAGCACGCGACAAUCCGGACGAGCUCCGGGAGCGAGGUCAUAUUGAUGCAGAAGGAUUCGCAUAUGUCACAGCCAUCGCCAAUCUAUUUGACCGAAAUAAGCCCGAUCGCUUCCAGCCGCCGCUUACCGGGUUUGCCGCAACGCACUGGUCCACCUCUAGUCAAUGGAUCGUAAAGCUUUUCAAGGAAGCUGGAGCGUAA